AUGGGCUUCUUCAGACACCCCUGUGGUGCAAUGUCGACCAUCGCCCAUAUCCUCCAAUGCAUCAGUUCAUUGAUCGUCCUCGGGAUCACAGCCUGGGCAGUCCCCGAGACCGAAACGCUUACAGUGGUCUUCUCGUUGGUGGUGCUGCAUUACCAGAGGCCACAGAUGGCAUGUUCUCCCUCUGCUUCUGACAGACGCAGUAAUUUCCUACCUGUAAGCAUCACAAUAUCAAGCAUCCUCAGGUCUAUAGUAGUGAAUGCUCAUCUCCCACCCAGCUGGCUCACGGCAUUCAUCUUCCUGGCUCUGGAUUUCAACCAUGUCAGCUGCACCACCCACCUCUGGAACAACGAGACGGUAUGUAGCAGGAAGUAUGCGGUCGAGUCGUUCAGUUUCAUUGCAUUCUUUACUACAGUCUGGGCUAUGGCAUUCGAGGUUCUGUAUACCUACCUGCCGAUGAAGGAUGCCUCAAUGCAGGAAAAGGAAAACAGGGUGAUGAGCUUGGAGCAUAAUCUCCGGGGUGCCGGGUUGAUGACCCCUUGA